GGAGGGACGCGGAGGAGGCCUCGGGGGAUGCAGGGGGGCUGAACCCGCCCAGGCGCACACCCCGGAGCGCGUCCGUAGUUUCGGUUCCCAGCAACUGGUGGCCUCAGGUUAGCACUGAAGAUGGCAGGGACAGCACGGCACGAUCGGGAGAUGGCAAUCCAGGCCAAGAAAAAGCUCACCACGGCCACUGACCCCAUUGAAAGACUCCGACUGCAGUGCCUGGCCCGGGGCUCCGCAGGCAUCAAAGGACUCGGCAGAGUGUUUCGAAUUAUGGAUGACAAUAACAACCGAACUCUUGACUUCAAAGAAUUUGUGAAAGGGCUAAAUGAUUAUGCCGUGGUCAUGGAAAAGGAAGAGGCAGAAGAGCUCUUCCGGAGGUUUGAUAAAGAUGGAAACGGAACAAUAGACUUCAAUGAAUUUCUUCUUACAUUAAGACCUCCAAUGUCUAGAGCCAGAAAAGAGGUAAUUAUGCAAGCUUUUAGGAAGUUAGACAAGACCGGAGAUGGAGUUAUAACAAUUGAAGAUCUUCGUGAGGUAUAUAACGCCAAACACCACCCUAAGUACCAGAAUGGAGAAUGGACGGAGGAGCAAGUAUUCAGGAAGUUUCUGGAUAACUUUGAUUCACCCUAUGACAAAGAUGGAUUGGUGACCCCUGAGGAGUUUAUGAACUACUAUGCAGGGGGUUGGACUCCUCCCAUUUGGCAGGCCAAGCAAGUUCCCGCAAUGCCCAGCCUCUGAGUGGUACCCCUAAGACUGUGGGGAAUAGAAUACUCUGUUUCGAAAGAAGAGUUCUUGAACUAUUAUGCUGGUGUCAGUGCUUCUAUUGACACGGAUGCCUAUUUCAUUUUAAUGAUGACAAAAUCCUGGAGAUUAUGACUUUCUGUCUGUUAAUUCUUUCGGAAAUCGGGGACUCUCAGAGAGUGGAAUGACUUUGAAAGACGUCCAAUGCUAUAGAUUCUUGAUAAGGUGUAAACUAAAGUUUCUGAAAGAUCUAGGAUUUUAAAAGCAAUAGAUCUUCAGUCAUCUUACUUAAUGGCCUGGAUCCUAUGCAUUGCUUAAAUGGCUGAGGAUAUAUUUUUAAAUCAGAAAGAAAGGAAGAACAGAAGGAAGGAAGGAAGGAAGGAAUGAAGCAAGCCAUGAAGUGAGACUGGCAAGUGGUUCUUUGGUGAAAUAAUGUACCUCUUGUUACAGUCAUUCCUCUUACAGGGGUAAAGGUAGAUGUUUCCCCAAAUCUCUAUUUGUUCCCUCUCUUUCCAGUCUUUAGCAGUGGGUGAUGAUAAAAAGAUUGGAAGAACAUCUGACUUUGUAAAAUUUCCUGAGCUUACUUAUUCUAAUGUGUCUCUUGGUGAAUACAAAUAAAAUUUAUUUUAUUCUGGAA